AUGCCUGCGACAAAGCACGACCUCGAUGAUGCCACAUUGGGCGCCUAUCUACAACAACACAUAGCGGACCUCAAGCUACCAGUAGUUUCAACCAAGAUUGGAUAUGGACAAAGCAACCCAACUUACUUUGUUGACGAUUCGAACAAAACUCGAUACAUCUUGCGAAAGAAGCCAAGCGGAACCAUCAUCUCUCCCGUCGCGCACCAGGUCGAUCGAGAGUACAAAGUACUGAAAGCGCUUGGAAAUGUCGAAGAUUUCCCUGUACCGAAAGUGUACUGUCUGUGUAUGGACCCUGCGGUCAUAGGGACAGCGUUCUAUGUAAUGGAAUUCGUGAAAGGCCGUAUUAUCACCGAUCCCAGCCUGUCUACAUUACCACCAACCCAACGACGCUCAGCCUGGUUCUCACUAAUUUCAACACUUGCCUGGCUGCACUCUGUUGAUCCAGACUCCAUCGGGCUGUCAGACUUUGGCAAGAAGACAGACUUCUACACACGUCACUGCAACACCUUUUCCCGUAUCGAAGCUCAGCAAGCCCAAGUCAAAGACAUCAAAACAGGCAAAGAGCUCGGGCGCGCGCACCCCAACUUCGAUGAAAUUGUAGACUACAUCCGCAAACAUGUCCCCUCAGAUCGGAACAGUAUCAUCCACGGCGAUUACAAGUUCGAUAAUGUGAUCUUGCACCCCACAGAACCGAGAGUCAUAGCGAUCCUAGACUGGGAGCUGAGUACCUUGGGAAACCCAAUGAUGGACGUAUGCUACGCCUGCGGUCCCUAUUGGAACCGAGCGCAGAAGGGAGGGGCAGUCAGAGAUGAUCAGGGUGGUGAGGUGUAUCUACCCGAGAACCAGCGGAGAAAUGGAAUGCCGAGCAUGGAUGAGCUGGUGGAUGAGUAUGCGAAGAUCACAGGCUGGGAUCCGCGGAAGGAUCAGUGGAAGAUUGCGAAAGUGUUCCAUUUGAUGAGGGGCAGCACGAUCAGUCAUGGCAUUCAGGCGCGAACCAUCAGUGGGCAGGCGAGCAGUGAGUUCUCGCAUGUCUACUUUGAGAACACAAAGAGAGGACUAGACACGGCACUUGCAAUGGUAAGGACAAUGAAAGAGAAAGAUGCAUCAAAGAGUAGCUUGUGA